AUGUUCACCCUCUCUCUUCUGAGCCGAGGACAUGGGAAGUUGGUCCAGGACAAACAGAAGUUGGAAGUCUAUUUUGAACCAGAGGACUAUUUGAACUGGAAGUCUCAGGAAGACUAUAUCCUUGUCAGCAAAGCCCAGAAUAAGGACAGUGCCAGCCAGCACUCCUGGAGCCUCUUUCUUCCUAAGACCUUCAGCACAAGAAAGGGGGCACUGAUCCUCUAUUCAGAAGGGCUAGCUGUGUCAGCAUGGACACCCAGGGAAAGGAGAAGAGGAUCCAGGAAGAAGCAGGACCUGGGACUGCACACACUUCAAGACCUCAAAGAAGCCAUCUUGGCAUACGGAAGGAGAAAGAGGAAGCAGGACAGCGCCCGGCAACCUUACCUCUACUUCCGAAUCAAGCCAGAAAGCAAGCAGACCCAACGGCAGAUCCAGCCUGGGUAUUCGGCCAAGAGAUACCUCCGCGGCCUUCUGCGGGCAUGGCCCCCUGACACCUUGUACAGGCUCCAGUGUGCAGGACACAUCAAGGAUUCUGUGCUGCUCCAGGACAGUCAGCUUGGGAUACCUAAGAAUCUCAGGCCACAACAGGAUCUUUCAGGUGUACCCCCAAAAUACCAUCUCCUGCCUGUCAUCCCUUCAUUUUGGAUUCAACAGAGAUCAUCUUAUGCACAAGGUCUGGAUGGAGGAGAAAUUGGUACGCACAUGGGCCAGGGCUCUGUUGCUCAGAACCACAGUCAUCAAGGGACUCACCGGAUGUCACUCAGGAAGCAGCCGUGGCGGGAAGAUGAAACUCGGGAUGAGGACACCAUGAGAGAGAGCCACCUCCCCGUCCACGCUUCAGAGCAAAGUCACAAUGGAGAGAAUGCACAAGCCUCCGGGAAGGUCCUUGGGCGUGCCUCAUUCAGUCACCCUCAGCUUCCUAGUGACAAAUCCCUCUUCACGUUCUACUGUGGAGCCUUCCCAGACAAACAAGGGAACACGAAAUCCCACAAGGUCAGAGGCAGCUGCUUGUCACAGGAGCCUUCUGUUAAAAGAUGCCUUUUCCCUCCUAUAGCGUCCGAUAUUGGCUCAGAACAAAAUACCCUUGGGGAAACAAAGAAAAGAAAGGCACCAAGGACUCUGAAAUUACCUCCUGUUUCAGAAGAACCACCCAGAGUCCUGAAACCCCCGAGGGGCCGAUUUAAAGGCACUGAACCCCCACUGGAGCUCUUCAUUAUCCCGAUGGAGAUUCAUUUUCAUGCCCCACAACCCCCCAAAGAGAAGGCCAGCAGAAAAGGUGUUCAGCAUCCUGAGUCAGAAUCAGAAGAAGCCACACCUUUAUGGAGGCCUCCCAUGAAGCAUUUGUACUCGGAAAGGCCAAGGGGGAUAGCGGUGCAUCUCCCAGUGGACUGCAGCCAGGACACACCCUCACCUCAAGAAGAUGGUGAUAUCCUGGCCCAGAGCAUGAAUCAACGCCUGGGUCUCCUACCCCCAAUUAAUGGAAAGAAAAGUCCAGAGAUCCAGAGAGACAUGGACAGAACCAGGACAUCAGGCUUCGACAGUCCUUCAGGUUGCCCAAAUGAGAGGGCAUCGCCAAUAGGACCAGAAGACUCCGGAGAUCUGACACUGAAACACAUCUUGCGGAGUCUAGAUGGUAAAAACGUCUGCCUGACCCUCCCAGGGUUCAUGGGAACAGAGGUGCUUCCACUGGGACAAGCAAACACUGGAGCCAGAGCCAGUCUUCAUGGGCAUCUUUAUGAAACCUCCUCACGUUUGGCUCGAGCAGCAGAGAGUCAGGAAGGUGGAGAUGAACUUGACUCUCACGAAGAACCAGGAGGACCCCUCAGAGGAAAUGCCAAAGACAGCCAAGAACCAAGGAACAAGACCCUCAACCCCCUCCGGACUUCCCUGGCUGAGGACAGCCAGCCCUCAGAGGCUGACACCGUAAAGAACAUGGACAGAGAUUACAAUGUGCACCACCCACACAGAAAACCUCUAGAACAUGAGCAUGCGUUCCCAAAGAAGUUGGGUUCUGAGACUACAUCCCUUCUUCCAAGAAAAAAGAAGAAAAAGAGACCCAAACUGUUCAACCAGAAGACUCUAGUUGCCAUCAAUUAUGGAAGGAAUUUGAUUGACAAGGCUAAGAGGAAGAAAAGAACCAAGACACACCAGGCCAAAGCUCCCAAGAAAGAGAGGGAAGGAAGAGGCCUGGGGCAGGCAGAGGCUGCUGGAGGAAAGCCAAAACAUUCAAAAACUAAAAAGAAAUCAGAGCUAACUCCAAAAGAAAAGAAACUGGGAAGCAAAAUGAAAAGGACACAUAAAGAGAGGAAUAUGGAGAUGGCAGCUGGGCCGAGCAAGUCAGAUAUCACCAACUCCAAGGAGGCCGGCAGCGCCUCACAUCGAGGGCUCCUCCGCUCACACUCCGCCACGGGGCGACUCCGCUCUCACUCCGCUGCGGGGCGCCUCUCUCUUGAACUCGAUGCUCUGGAUAGUCAGGUUGCUAUAGAUGGAAGAGUAUCAGCCACCCAGGACACAGAUGUCACUGGCAACAUGGAAUCUGAAGAGGAGAGAAGCCAUGGAGACCCUUCCAAGGCCCUCCAGGAUCAGCAGCAGCAGGAGAAGGCUUCUCGAGACAGAAUUCGAACAGAGAGGGCAGAGAUGAGGUGGCUGGAGGUGGAGCGGAGGAGAAGAGAGCAGGAGGAGCUGACUCGGCUCCAUCAGGAGCAGCUGGAGAAAGCAGAGAAGAUGAAGGAGGAGCUGGAGCUGGAGCUGCAAAGACGCACUGAGGCGAUCCGCCUGAGAAAGCAGAGACUGGAGGAAGAGCGGCAGCAGCAGGAGGAAGCAGAGAGAAAACAGAGGCUCCAGCUGCAGGCGGCACGGGAAAGAGCACGGCAGCAGCAGGAGGAGCUCCGCAGGAAACUGCAAGAAAUGCAGAGAAAGAAGCAACAGGAGGCGGCGGAGAGGGCUGAGGCAGAGAAGCAAAGGCAGAAGGAACUGGAGAUGCAGUUAGCAGAUGAACAGAAACGCCUGAUAGAAAUGGCUGAGGAAGAACGGUUGGAGUACCAGCGGCAGAAACAAGCAGCAGAAGAGAAGGCCAGGCAGGAGACUGAGGAAAGGAGGAAACAGGAAGAGGAAGCAGCAAAGCUAGCUCUGGAAGAAGUCACAAAACUAGCCCAGGAGCAAAUCAGGCAAAAAGCUGCUUUGGAGAAACACCUUCAUUUCCAUCAAGAACUCUCUAAAGAAGCCAGUGGUCUACAGUGGACACAGAACAUUUCCAGACCAUGGGUCUACUCAUAUUUCCAGUCCCUACAAAUCCCCAAGCCGUAAGGCUAGAAGAGAGAAAAGUAAGUUGAGAAGUGGUGACAGAAAAAAAGCUCU